AAUCCUAUAUAUAUCCUUACAUCUCCUCUCAUAUUUCAUAGCAUCGUAUACUUAUACCAUACUGUCAUAGACUUACAAAAUGAUCUAUAUGUAACUUUAUCAAAUCUUAAUCUCAAUGACAACUAAUAUAACUACAACUAACGAUAAUUCACCAAUGCGUUCAAGCCCUACGAAUCCUACUACUACCAAACUUAAUACUAUGGGCAGCAGUGGUGUUAAAGACUAUGUAUUACAUACAACCCCAAAAGUUAACAUUGAUGAUCCAUUUCAAGUGGCAUCUUUAAAUCUGGUUAAGUUUACUAUUCGUAAUAGACGUGCCAGUUGGAUAGUUAAAUAUAGACUUCACUUGAUUGUACUUUUGAUAAGUGUAGCGGGUGGGUUUAUGUAUCAGAAUCAAAUAUUACCAUGGAAUCACUUAACCAUUUCGAACUCUGAUGUGUUCACAUUGGGAGGUUUAAUUAUCCUAUUAGCUUUGGUAUUAUUAAAGCAAGAACCACAAGAUACAUUAAUUGUAAUGAAAGGUAUAGGAUUACAAUUACAAAGUGUUAAGAGUUGGAAACUCAUUCAAAAUCAAACCAAUCAUUUUAUACCUUUGAAAAAUACCAUUGAUUUAGUCAUCCAUGAAGGAUUUCAUAAUUAUGGACAAGUAAUAUUCUAUCUUUGUAUAUUAACUAAAACUUAUAAUGGCAAUGGUAAGGAGAUUAUUCGAAAUAAUACAAAUCAUGAUAAUCUUAUUAAAGUCGUCUUUCCGGAAUUCUUACCCAAAAAGGAUACUUUACUACAAGUAUGGCGAUUAAGUAGAGAAUUAUUAUAUGGUGAUGUUCAUAGAUAUUGGAGAAGAGUUCCUGGACAAGGAUUAAAGCAAGUU